CUCGCAUUCACACUCGACAGAAGCACACUGCGCAGCUUAUGUUUUUCUGUGCGACAUACCAUGCAGCUUUUAUACGUGUCGACGCACACAUUUGUGAGCUUGGUUCGAAUUGACUUGCAAUGAAAACGCAAUGGAAACAAGCACUCUUCAAUCUUGCGCUGCUAACCACUACAUUGGCCAAAGGUCGUAUGUACGCUCAAUCAAUUGUCUAUCCAACUCUCCUGGAAGCAAGAUCUAAUAAUGGAACUAAAGUGGUUCAACUCAAUGACGAAAUUAUCCCUGAAUCUUGUACCAAGUGACGUCUUUUCCGAUACUUUUGUGCUUUCGACCGCAAGAAAUCGAAAUCUUCAACACAAAGAAGUUGAUACGACAAGAAUUCGGCAAACAAUAUAUCACGACGAAACUUCCAUGGCGGCCAUUUCUAUGCAAGAUGUGGAAGGAAUCAUUGAAAUGACAGGAAUUAUAGGCGAAAGACUACGGAUAGAACCGCUGCCAUUUGCGGGACGGACAUUAAGUGGCGUACGGCCUCAUCGUUUAUUUUACGCGAGGAAUAUCAUGGCCCGAGAUGACGUUGAAGUGUCCGGAACAGUAAAUAUCACAGGAAGCACGAAGAGGAAACGCUUUCAGCGAUAUUCCAACUACGCCGUUUUGGAACUUUACAUCAUAAUCGACGUAUUAUUCUCAAAACGUUUUCCCAAGGAUGCCGACGCGAUCAACUACUUGGCCGUGACUGUAGCUUCAGUCAACCUUAGAUACAAAUCAGUCAGCAAAAUCCACAUCAAAUUUAGCCUCGUCGGAAUGCUCCGUCUCUCCAGCGAGCUUGAAGACGAUUUUGUAAUGAUGGACGGAGAUUACAUGGACGGUCAGGCCACCCUCACGAGACUGGUGAUGUUCUGUUACACGAUGGGGCUGCACAACGCUGAUAUCAGAUAUUUCAUCACAGGCCGCGACAUCACUGGAAUGUACAACGGAAGAAUGAACGCUAUCAUGGGAGGUUAUGCCUACGUUGGAGGACUCUGUUCCCUUGACGGCGUAGCUCUUGGAGAAGACAAACCAGGCCUAUACGCAGGUGUGGAUAUUAUGGCUCACGAGCUGGCACAUUCAUUGGGUUGCGUUCACGACGGUGAAGGCCCGAGAAGCGAAAUACCUGGACACGCGGGUUCCAUAAAGCCCGAAUGUGCUGCCUACCUAGGCUACCUAAUGAGCUACAGCGGAAACAACGGCAAAAACCACUACCACUUCUCGCCCUGCUGUCAAGCACAGAUCAAGCUUUUUUUAAGGUUAGUGUCCGACGAAUGCAUACAGAAGACGUUCCAAGUAACCCAAAUCAUCCCAGGGAAGGGAUUUCUACCGGGACACUGGAUUAGCCCACACAGAUACUGCGUGAUGAAACAACCCAAGUUAAAAAUAGCUUCAGCGACUACGCUGAGCGCCAAAAAGAACUGCAAGCUGCCAUGCCAGUACCUUGCUGGUAGUUUUACGAAAACAGUUGAGUACGACGCUUUGGACGGAAUGCCUUGUGAACAGGGCAGGUGGUGCGAGAAUGGAGUGUGUCUUUGAAGAUAAGGAAACACCAUUCGUACGAUACUCUCACUUCUCACAAUAAAAUGUUCCGUUCAGAAUUAGUGAAUGAGUU